UACAUCCAGCAGCGGCCGGCUCAGUGCAGCAGACUGCAGUCUCCGUCACGCUGCUCCUCCCUGCACUCCCCUGGCAGGUGGAAAGGACACACGCAUACACGCGGGGUCGCUUCGAUGGCUUUCAUCUCAAUCCUCACCAUUCUGGCCCUUGUGGUCUCAGCUGAAGGUAGUGUUGGACCGAGUGUCAACGGCAGCUACUGCACGGAGUCAAAGGAGUGUCUGGAAUAUGAGCUGGUCUGCAAAACGGAUGAGUAUGAAGUGCGACACUACAGCCCCACUCUAUGGGUGUCGACAGAUGCAGAAGCUUAUUUCAUGGGUGUGGGUGCAGCCAUGGCUUUCAGGAGACUUUUCCAGUAUAUCACCGGAAGCAACGAAGAAGGUGUAACGAUGGAGAUGACUGCUCCUGUCCUCGUUAAGAUCCCAGAGGAGACCAUGAUGUGGGAGCCCGCUAUCUACACGCUCAGCUUCCUGCUACCUUCAGCCUAUCAAUACAACCCACCUGCACCCAUUAAUGAUAAGCUGUAUUUCACUGAGAUGCCAGAUAUGGACGUCUACGUGAGGGGUUACGGAGGCUGGAUGCUGUCGGUCACCUCCCGGCUUCAUGCCCACCUGCUGUCCAAAGAGCUAACAAGAGUUCGAGCUUCCUACAACCACAGCUAUCACUACGGCGUCGGCUAUGACAGCCCCUUGAAGCUGUUGAACAGGCACAAUGAGGUGUGGUACAUGGCCGAGGACGAGCCCGUGUGCUCAGAUCCUCGGGAGCCGACUCCUGCACACACAGCCCGUCCGACUCCCACCGACUCGCCUACACACCUUCCCUUUGAGCCUUUCCCGCACACCGUCUCUGAUUCACCCCCACUCACUCCCUCAAACCCAUCCUCAAAUACCACGUCCAACUCCUCCUCCUCACAGCUGCCCUCUGACACACCCGCUCUGUCCCCAUCAAACACUCCACCCAGUUCUUCGUCUGAUCUGCCGACUCAAGCCACAUUCAGCAAUCCCCAAUCAUCCACCCAGAUCCUGCUGGACCUGAUAACCAAGUCCUCCGAUCCCACCUCUGUGAGCCCUUCGCUGGAGCCGCAGUCUGGCACCACUCUCUCGAACAGCAUGACUACCAGCUCUGAGGACACACCAGCCAACAGUGACCCUGGGGUCGAGCCAAACGACGCCCAUUAGCAGCAGUCAGAUCCGAUUCAAACAGCUUUUCCAGAUAUAUUUACAUAGAAUUUAAAUAGAAAGCAAACAGUGUAGGUGUGAUAGAAAGAUGAAUGUGUGUGUGUGAUAGAUGGACCUGCUGUUCUCUUCCUCCUUUUCUCACUAUACCCCUACUUAUGGCACUAAGUGUUUAACCAUAUGUUCUGUCGCAGCUUUGCACCUGCAGCUUCCUGUAUCACUAAACACGUGCAUUUCCACUUUGUCCUUCUGAUGUUAUCCAACAGCUCCAUUGUAGAUUCAAAUGAGAUCUAUGUAUUAGUUAGAAAGUCAGUAUUCAAAGUUACUGUGUUGGUUUACUGAAGUAGUGCUGAGUGCAGAAACAGAUAUCAUUUAACUACAAUUUAAAGGAUUUCAGUGAAAAUCUGUGUCCAGUUGAUAGAUGAAAUGCUGGGAUGAAAGACAUCAGGUCAGACUUAACUAGAUUAAUGUGGAGUUUCGUGCUGAAGUCCUUCAAAUUUACUGCCCAGGCAUAACUGUCUGAAAGUUCAUCUGUUUAGCAUCAUCAGUCACUUUCAUGAUGUGUGUGGCAACAUAUAAAUGAGUUGUUACAAAUUCACUGCAUAUUUCUUGCAAUCAUUAACUACUAAUCCAAACAAUUUCCAGGUUGUGACUUUGAAUUUCACUUUUCUUUCCGGGAUGUGGGCCCAGGAGUGCCGACAAAACACUAGCCUUAUGUUUUGUCAGUUCCAAACCGAAAUAUAUAAAAUUAAAUAUUUACCAAAAAUACAUUUCCUUUACAAUAACCUUGACCAGUAUGUUCUAGGAAUUGAUUAGAUGACCAUAUUUCAAUAUUCAUACCAGAACGGUACAGCCAGAUUGAGACAGCUGAGUACAAACAGACCCACCCUGCCUGCUCUGGUCUCUUUAACUACCCAUUAGUUUUUCCAUUAAUGUUUCAAAAUGUUCAAAAUUGCUUUCGCUGCCAAAAUUCACAAAAAAGUUAUUUUGCAUUUUCUGUUAUUUUAAAGUUUUUUCACCACUAGGGGUGCUGUAGAGCAGGGGGGGUUUCUACUCUCUGGUCACUUCUUUAGGUACACCUGUUUACAGCAACUCAUCUCAGAAGCAAGUCAUGACACAUAGGCAUGGUCAAAGCGAUCAAACUGAGUAUCAGAAUGAGGACGAAAGGUGAUUUAAGUGACUGGAUGUGACAUGGUUGUUGGUGCCAGACGGGCUGGUCUGAGCAUUUCUGAAACUGCUGAUCUGUUGAAAUUUUCCUGCAGACCUAUCGAUUGCUUUUACAGAGAAUGGUCUGAAAAAAAGAGAAACUAUGCCCUGUUGAUGCCACAGCCUACUUGAUCAUUGUUGCUGACCAUGUCCAUCCCUUUAUGAUGACAGUGUACCCAUCUUCUGAUGGCUGCUUCCCGUAGGAUAACACACCAUGUCACAAAGCCCGAAUCAUCUUAAACUGGUUUCUUGAACAUGACAAUGAGUUCACUGUACUCAAAUGGCCUCCAGCCACAUAAUCUUAAUCCAAUAGAGCACCCUGAGAUCUGGUGGAAUGGGAGAUUCACAUCAUGGGUGUGGAGCCAACAGUCUGCAGCAACUGUAUCAUGUCAGUAUGGACCAAAAUAUUUCCAGCAUCUUUCUGAAUCUCUGCCGCAAAGAAUUAAGACAGUUCUGAACCAACAGAUAGCCCAACCUGGUAAUAACAAGGUGUAACUAAUGAAGUGGCCAGUUAGUGUAUAUCUGGUGCCACAUCUGGAUAAAUGUACCAGUUAAGAAGAAAGUCACUAUCAUUACGUUCAUGUCAAUAGGUAUUUAGCUCUCUGGGUGUUUUAGGGAGAAGGAAAUCAGUGUUUUCAGGCAUCUAAGACAUUUUGGUAAGAAAUGUUGAAAAUUAACAAAACUGUGUUUAUCUGUAAUGGAAAUUGCCUAAGCUAUAUUUAAUGUAGUUUAGCACUGUGUAGAAAAUGAGAACUCCAUUCUGCCCUCGUGUGAAAUCUUGGUUUAUUUGCCCUUGAAAAUCACUCCGCAGCACUGUUGUCUUAGCUUUUAGCCCUGCAGUGGCAUCGCUUUGCAAACUGUCUGCUUAAAAGUGACCCACAGUUUCAACUAAUUAUAGUAAAACUGCUCCAGAGAUCUCGAAAGAAUCACACUUGAUCAAAUCAAUGCAAUAAGACUUACAUACGUUAAGGAAUUACAUCCUCUAUCGAUGCAUCUCUGAGCUACAUACUGUAUAUAUACUAUAUAUACAUUCUGUUCUGAUGAAGAUGCAAUAAAAUACAUUACCCCAUGUUGGACUCAUUUUGUUA